CGGAAUGACAGUGGUACAGCCUGUCGCACAGUGCACUUCUAGCUUCCUGCGCUUGCAAGUGAUCUUCCGUCGUUUUUUGAGUUGUGUUUUGUUUUUAUUAUUUGCUUACGUUAUUUUCCUUUUGAUUUGAUAUUUCUAACCCCACCAUCGCGCGCUGGACCAAACGGGCCAGUUUGACUGCAAAACCAAAUAAACACAAUCAAACAGCAGUCCCGCAGCUCGACGAGCUGAACAGGGAAAACGGCCGUGUCGUCAACAGUGUGUUAAUACGAUCCAGUGUUUCUUCGGAAUCAUCUCAGUUAUCACGGACCGGGCGUGUUACGUAGCAUAAGAACACAAUUGUACGCUUUCGUCGCAAAAGGAUGUCUAAUCAGAAUACAUAAAUUUUCACCGGUACUCAAUUAUCACGCUUCGAAUUGUUCGUCCAGCCGCAAUCGACAUCUGCACAGUUUAGACACUUUAAAAUUCAUCGCAUCGUUAAAUUUCAUCUGUUUCUACUAAAUGUAAGAUAUUUCUUGCAUGUGUGCCUUAUACGGGAUCCUUGAUGCAAUUGCAACAACGCGCCGCUAAAUUGUUCCACCAAGACGAGAAAUUGUUUGUUGAAAUACAAAGUCAUGUUGCAGCUGAUGUAUUGGGCCGCGACCUAAAUUGUACAUAGUAGAACAACACUACACAAUUGUGCUUCAUUGAUCAUCGCAAAAUUAGAAAGGUGUUUAGGAGAUCACGGCAGUUUCUGAAACGUGACGUCGUGACACUAUCAGGAUGAAGUUUGCAGAACACUUAUCCGCGCACAUCACUCCAGAAUGGCGCAAACAAUACAUCAACUACGAGUAACGCUAAUUUGUAAUGUGUAUUUUUAGGAAAUGAAAGCGAUGCUGUACACCGCUAAUGAAGAAGCACCGGCGCUAGAUAGCGUAGAGGAAGAUGUUAGAAAACGUCAUUUUGCAAACUUUGACGAAAACUUUUAUCACUAUUGCGACCAGGAGCUGAAGAAAAUUAACACAUUUUACUCGGAAAAGUUAGCGGAGGCGACACGUAAAUAUGCCGCCCUGAUCACUCAGCUACGGACUACGCUCGAGAGCCAACAAAAAAGCAAGAGCAAAGGUCACAGUCAUAAACCAAUCAAUUUACCCUAUCGGAAGGCACAGGAGUUAAAACUUGCGUUCAGCGAAUUCUAUCUCAGUCUCAUUCUGCUGCAGAACUAUCAAAACCUCAAUCAUACCGGCUUUCGCAAGAUAUUGAAAAAGCAUGACAAAAUAUUGGCUUCGGACAACGGCGCUCGAUACCAGAAGGAGCAAGUCGAGAUGAGCCAUUUUUUCAUCAACAAGGAUAUUGACAAACUGAUCAAUGACACGGAAACAACGGUCACGACCCAGCUCGAAGGGGGCGAUCGACAACGGGCAAUGAAACGGCUACGAGUACCACCUUUGGGCGAGCAACAAAGCCCAUGGACCACUUUCAAGGUGGGCCUGUUCAGCGGUAGCUUCGUUGUGCUGUUUGUCGCCGUGAUCUUAUCUGCCGUCUUUCAUGACAGUGCUAAUGGCGAGAAUCUCAAGAUCGCUUUUCGAUUGUACCGCGGUCCAUUGCUGCUGAUUGAAUUCAUUUUCCUAAUCGGCGUUAAUAUCUAUGGGUGGCGCUCGUCCGGUGUAAACCAUGUGCUCAUCUUUGAGUUGGAUCCUCGCAACCAUCUAUCCGAGCAGCAUCUGAUGGAGAUGGCGGCUAUCUUCGGUGUGGUAUGGACGCUCAGUUUAUUGAGCUUCCUGUACAGUGCAAGUCUGAGCAUACCACCUUACGUCAAUCCACUCUUUAUGACCGUGAUCAUGAUCGCAUUCAUAAUCAAUCCAUUGCGCGUGUUUCGUUACGAGGCACGUUUUUGGCUGCUGAAAACGAUAGGCCGUAUGGUGGCAGCUCCAUUCUUUCACGUAGGUUUUGCCGAUUUCUGGCUGGCUGAUCAGUUAAAUAGUCUCGUUACAGCUCUACUAGAUUUCCAAUUUCUUACCUGUUUUUACGCUACGAAUGGCAAUUGGUUGGAAGCAGGCAAUACUCGUGAAUGUAUGGAGGAAAGCUAUAUAAUCCGUCCAUUGGUGAAUUGUUUGCCCGCAUGGUUUCGGUUUGCCCAGUGUCUGCGGCGUUAUCGGGAUUCCCGAGAGGCCUUUCCACAUUUGGUAAAUGCUGGCAAAUAUGCAACAACUUUCUGCGUAGUUAUCUUUGCCACGUUGCGGUCCGCUAAUGCUCAUAAAUAUGAGGACUCUUCGGAUAACGUUUUCCUUUGGCUAUGGCUGUUUAGCUCCGUUGUAUCGUCCUGCUACGCAUAUACUUGGGACAUCAAGAUGGAUUGGGGACUGUUCGAUAAGAAUGCGGGAGAAAAUACUUUUCUUCGAGAGGAGAUUGUUUAUUCUAUGCCAUUUUUCUAUUAUUUUGCCAUCAUAGAAGAUCUGGUAUUGCGGUUCGUUUGGAUUGUAUCGUAUGCACUGACGGAAAAUAAGCUUGUCAGCGGAGAUCUAAUGACAUCGAUCCUAGCACCACUUGAAGUGUUUCGUCGUUUCGUAUGGAAUUUCUUCCGUCUUGAAAACGAACAUCUAAAUAAUUGUGGUAAGUUCCGUGCUGUACGGGACAUCUCCAUUGCUCCAAUAGAUUCUAACGAUCAAGUAAUCAUACUCAAAAUGAUGGACGAAGAGGAUGGUGUUAUUAAUCGGUAUACCAAGCAUAAUCGACCAAAGCCAAAAAAGACGAAAGAUGAUCGCCGCGCCUUGUUACCAGUAUUUAAAGGAACGCAUGAAGCCACGCCUCCCGAUGCGACUAGCACCAAACACGUUUGAGUGUGCGUACCGCUUCGACUUUAAAACGAAUGCAAAUUGAUUUCAAACGAAAAACCCAUUAACUGAUUGUUAGUUGAUUGUUCAUUAACAACUUCUCUUGAUUUGCCAACAUUUGAUAAUGUCAAGCGUACAAAAAAAGAUUAGUGCUUGUCUUAAAUAGGAAAUUUGUAGGUUGUACUUAGAAUGUACUUAUUUUCUUGUUGGUUAGGUUCAUUUAAAUAUUUUGUUUGUUUUACUGAGAUAAUACAGGUCCAUGUGUAGGCAUAUUAAAAUGGGGAUGAACUAAUUUUUAUUAGAUAUCCUCUUAAAUAUUUAAUUGUCGGACGUAUCAACUUAGUAGUUUCAUAGAAAUCGAUUUUAUAGUUGCGUAAGGAUUGUUCUGUUUUAAUUUACUUCACUUGUUUUGAAUUGGUGACUGUUGUAUGAGCCCGGUGAGCAUGCAACGGUAAAAAAAAAGCCGAGUAAGAAACGAUCCAACAACACACCCGAGUUAGGUCCGAGUUAAAAUCUCGUUUAGACCUUGCCUCUUAAUACGCAGGACUGACUAUUCCGCUAUUGAUAAUUGAAAUUUACAAACAUACAACAGCCUUACCUUUACUGUAUCAGAGCUUGUUACAUGCAGUAACAAAUGAAGAGAAAAAAAUAGAUAAAUAAUUCGUUCGCACAGUUUUCUAAAUUAUUAACUAAUGCUAGUUACAUUGCAUGAUUGUCUAAAGAUUCAUGCCAAUUACCAAAGCAGAAGAAGGGUACUUACAAGCCGCCGUAACAUAAGCGACAUUCCGUUCUGCACGGUUCCAAAAAGGUGCGAUGCCUAUGUUGGUGAAAGACGAGGAAAGAUAUGAAAAUGUAUGCCAUAUUAAUUGGAUUUUAUAAAACCAGUGUUUCGUGGAAUCAUUUGGAUUGUUUUAUAAAUGCUAGAAUAAGAAAUGGCACAGAUGUACUAAACAAACUUUCGGAUUGCGGUAGUUCAGGUUACGUUACAUUAAAUAAGACAAUAUGCCUUUCAGAGAGACUACAAAAUACGAAUCAUCUUCUACAGUGUUUCAACAAGUUUUGCCUUAAAUCAAGCCGGCUAAUAUUCGCGUUCAUGUAAACAGAAAAAAUGAGAUUUUACUGUUACACCGCUGUGAACCUUUAAACAUUGUUGAUUGCAAAAGAAACGAAAUAGGUAACACGAUUGAUAUACGAUAUUGAUAAAAUGCAAUAAUCUAUGCAUAUAUGCAGGGAUAUACCAUCUUCCAAAAUGGCCAUAAUAUUAGAAUAGAUGUUACAAAAUCUGCAACGAUUAUAUUAGUUUUCCUCAUCGCAGUAUUACUUAAGUUUAUUUUACUGUUACAGCUGUUCAUUCUGCACCCUGAAAAUUUGAACCGGUUUGUUGUAAAUGGUUGUACUGCUUGAUACUUUUGUAACAUUGCUUUCUUCUGUUUCGUUAACGUUUCUUCCAUUUUUAAACAUUUUUAUACAUGUAUCAUCAUAUGAAACAUGUAUAUUCAUAAUGUGAAUUCCUUUCAAUAUUGCCCACAACUAUUAUAUUAAACCGAUACUUUAAAUAUUACCAAGUUACCUAAGUGCAAACUGGUUAAACGAAGAAAUUCGUUAAAUUUCUAUAUGUGAUUCGGGAUGUGAUUGUAAUAACAAU